AAGAGGGUGCGGAAAUGGGCUCCGUUGUAAAAAGUGGACGCACCAAACCGAACAUCCACGUGCGAAAAUCUUAUUGGAGUAGGUGCAUGACGUGGAUUGAGGCGCCGACGCGUAAAGGUAGUCGGUAUGCGACGACCAGCCACUCACGGGACGCGGUGUCUCUGGGUCCCACUUCAGGACACUAAAUCUCGCCACGUCAUCCCAUUCCCCUCUCCUCCUCCUCUUCCCCUUCACGGUGCCACCACGGCCCUUUGACCACCUAUAUUCAGACCACAUUACCCCUACUUGCUCCCGAAAACCUCCAAACCGCCAGCCUGCCCUUGACUCCUCAACUCCCACACUCACACUUCGAGUGGCAGUUAUAGUAAUUCAAACAUACCACAGGGGCAUUUGCGUCAUAAAACAUGGACCAAGUGGUAGCCCGCAUUCCUUUCAGUACGAAAGAUCGAAACCAGAGGAUUUAAAUUUUAAAACGUCUGAUACACCCCUCCUUCUAAACACCCCCUUGGCCUCCUUCAUCAAUGGAAAAUCUUCAUCAUCGGAAAAAGAAAGGGGAAGGUUAUAAUAAGAAAGGGUAGCUAAUCUAUCUAUUAAUUAAGAUAUAAAUAGAAGAGCCACACAAAUUCCAUAUUAAUCAAUUCACCAAGCUCACAACCUAGCUGUCACUCCCGGUUUUCCCGUCGAGUCAACCCCCCUCCUUCUCUUCUUAAUACUCUGCACUCCUCCUCCCGGCCACCGGCCGAUCCCCGUUCCUCCCACGCCCUCCGGCUACUGCUAGAAGAAAUUAUUAGAAAUUAUUAACAAAUUUAGAUGAGAGUGGAGAGCAGAAGAGAGGUGGUUGAGAUCUUGUUUUGUAUUAAUACCGAGCUUUUAACUGAGUAGCUGUGGGGAAAACAAGCCAGUGCCCACUUUUUAUUCUUUGCUUCUAUUUUUCUUCCUUAUUUUUCUUAUUUACAACUAUUUUCACGAAAUUAGAAAAAAAAAAAAAAAAGAAAAAUUGAACAAAGGCCACCGGGUAGGAGUAUCAGUCCGCAGCCGGCGCAAACGGAGUGGCAGCAAAGAAUACGAAGGAGGAAGGGGAACACCAGACGACGUUGACGUACCGUACCAUGGUCCACCACCCGCUGAUGCGCCCCGGAUCAACGUCCGCUUAGCCGUCAUGCCGUCGCCGUUAGUGCCGUUUGUGCUCGUCCUGCUCGCGGGCGUGUUCUUCUCGCCGGCAUUAGGGCAGAACCUAACGUCGACGGCCGAUCUCGCUGGGUUAUAUAGCUUGAGGGCCUCGCUCGGUCUCCGGGCCCGGGACUGGCCCCGCCGGACCGACCCCUGCUCGGCAUGGACCGGAGUCGGGUGCCGCGCCGGCCGGGUCGUCUCAUUGAAUAUCUCCGGCCUCCGCCGCACCCGGCUCGGACAGCUCAACCCCCAGUUUGCCGUCGACGGGCUCCAGAACCUUUCCCGGCUCGAAUCCUUCAACGCGACGGGGUUCCCCCUCCCCGGUUCCAUCCCGGACUGGUUCGGCCGCGGCCUUCCCCCCGGGUUCUCCACCCUUGACCUCUCCGACGCCGCCGUCUCCGGCCCUAUCCCCUACUCCCUCGGAAACGCCACCGGCCUCGCCGUGCUCUCCCUCGCCGGCAACGCCAUCAGUGGAAACAUCCCGCCGACCCUCGGUCAGCUCAGCAACCUCUCGGUCCUCGACCUCUCCCACAACUCGCUCUCCGGCGCCAUCCCGCCAUCCCUCGCCUCCCUCUCGAACCUCUCCUAUCUCGACCUCUCCUCCAACUUCCUCACCGGCCCCAUCCCCCUCGCUUUCGGCACCCUCUCGAAGCUCAACACCCUGAUCCUCUCCAACAACAGCCUCACCGGAUCGGUCCCGCCCCAGCUCGGCGAUCUUUCCUCUCUCGCCUCCCUCGAUCUCAGCUUCAAUUCCCUCGCCGGCGCCCUCCCCGACGAUCUCAAGGACCUCAGAAGCCUGCGAGAUUUGAACUUUGGCAACAACUCCCUCUCUGGCCUUGUCGCGGGUAGCCUCUUCUCCGGUCUCUCCCGGCUCAGGUCCGUCACGCUUAGCCACAACAACUUCUCGGGCGCCUUGCCGGACUCGCUGUGGUCACUGUCCGAGCUGCGGUUUCUUGAUGUUUCCUAUAACAACCUCACCGGCACGCUUCCGGACCUUGUGCCCGCCGUGGCCAAUGCCAAUGCUAGUGGUGCCGUGUUUAAUCUCUCCAACAAUCUCUUUUAUGGAUCGAUUUCAACAGGGUUUGCUGUCGUUUUCACACGGUUUAAUGUGGCCGAUAUCUCUGAUAAUUACUUCCAAGGUGCAUUGCCUGUUGAUGGCCGCAGCAAAAAUUUCUCUUUUGGAUCGAACUGCUUCCGAAAUGCCUCGAAUCAGAGGACUUCGAUUGAUUGUGAGGACUUCUAUUCACAAAGAGGCCUGCCUUAUGAUGGCCCGGUGACCCCAGGCAUUGCUCUGGCACCAACCAGUUCUUCUGCUGGAAAGAGCAACAGAAACUUGAAGUAUAUUUUGAUAGGGGUUAUCGGGGGGCUUCUGUUAAUUGUCAUUUUGGUUCUUGCAAUUGUGCUGGGUGUGAUGAGAUGUGGAGCCCGGAAACCCGAACAAAGAAAGAGCAGCGGGAAUGCAGAACCUUCAGGAGCACAGCCUACUGCAGUCUCCGUGAAUUUGUCAGCUGUGGGGGAGGCCUACACCUACGAGCAGUUGGUUCGGGCAACUGCGGAAUUCAGUGGCAUGAACCUUAUCAAGCGUGGGCGCACGGGAGAUCUCUACCAUGGUGUUUUGGAGGAUGGCAUUCCUGUGGUGGUGAAGAGGAUCGACGUGCGGACGGUCAGGAAAGAAGCACAUGUCGUGGAACUGGAAUUAUUUUCGAGAGGUUUGCAUGAGAGGCUGGUGCCAUUCCUAGGACACUGUCUGGAUAAUGAGAAUGAGAAGCUCCUUGUAUACAAAUAUGUGCCUAACGGUGACCUAUCGAAUGCGCUGCAUAGAAAGUCUGGACAGGAAGAAGGACUGCAGUCAUUGGAUUGGAUUAAGAGAUUGAAGAUUGCAAUAGGGGUGGCUGAAGCUCUAUGUUAUCUGCAUCAUGAGUGUGUUCCACCUCUGGUUCAUAGAGAUAUUCAGGCAAGCAGUAUCCUUCUUGAUGAUAAGUUUGAAGUGCGGCUUGGAAGUUUAAGUGAGGUAUGCACUCAGGAAGGGGAAGGCCACCAGACUGUCAUCACCAGGAUAUUGAGAUUGUCACAGACAUCUGAACAAGGCAUUUCUGGCUCUUCUACUGCAACAUGUGCCUAUGAUGUAUACUGUUUGGGGAAGGUUUUACUUGAGCUAGUCACUGGUAAGCUUGGCGUCAGUGGGUCAAAUGAUGCUGCAACCAAUGAGUGGAUUGAACAAACAUUGCGUUACAUCAACAUCUACGAGAAGGAGCCUAUCACAAAAAUUGUGGAUCCAUCCCUGAUCGUGGAUGAGGACCACUUAGAGGAAGUAUGGGCCAUGGCUAUUGUGGCAAAGUCCUGCUUGAAUCCAAAACCCUCCAAACGCCCACUCAUGAGAUAUAUCCUAAAAGCACUGGAGAACCCUCUGAAGGUGGUGAGGGAGGAUAACAAUUCUGGCUCAGCCAGACUGAGGGCUACUUCCUCACGGGGCUCUUGGAAUGCUGCUUUCUUUGGAAGCUGGCGCCAUAGCUCCUCUGAUAUUGCGUCCAUCCCAGUUCCGCCAAGGGAGGAACAGAUAUUGAAGCGAUCAGGUACAUCAAGGUCUCAAGGGAGUGGUGGUGAGAGCUCAUUCUCCCAUAAGAGACCAUCAAGAGAGAUCUUCCCAGAACCAUCUGGGGCACAUGACACUGAGGAUUGAAGGCGAUGGUGUUUUUAUGAUUCUUUCUGUAAUAAAUUUUGGCAGGCUUCCCAUUUGAGUUCUUGCCUCCGGCAUCUGAAGUCCAUUAUCUUUGCAAGCAUCAAAAUGGAGUGAGGUUGAUGGCUUGCAUUGAGAUCAAUUCUUUCUCUCUGCAUUGGUAUAUGAAAUUACUUGGUAAGCAAAGAGGCUUCCAAGGUGGUGGCCCAGGGUGGGUCUGAAAGUUACCUGUGCACCAAUUGUUGGUCACAGUGAUAGAUGCUCUGACGGUUCAUUGCUUGCAGUUUGUUUAUUUUAUGUUUCCUUUUUUUUUCCCUGUUAAACGUCAUGCUGCAAUUUUUUCCGGUGGAACGUAUCCUUCAUUGGUGGUGUUUCUGGGAAAAUGUAAAUUAAAUGACUGGGUUUCACAUUACGGCUUUCUUCAUUCUUCAAUCACCUUUUUUACUGAAUCA